AUGGGGGGCUAUGGCGGAGACGAUGACUACGAUUACUUGUUCAAGGUGGUAUUGAUCGGGGACUCAGGCGUCGGUAAAACCAAUCUUUUGUCACGGUUCUCAAAAAACGAAUUCAGCCUCGAAUCUAAAUCCACCAUCGGGGUCGAAUUCGCCACCCGUAGCAUCAAUGUUGAUGACAAGAUUAUUAAAGCCCAAAUUUGGGACACCGCGGGUCAAGAAAGGUAUCGCGCUAUAACUAGUGCAUACUAUCGUGGAGCCGUAGGUGCAUUGAUCGUAUACGAUAUCACACGUAACGUAACGUUUGAAAACGUUGAAAGAUGGCUAAAAGAGCUUCGAGAUCACACGGAUCAAAACAUCGUGAUCAUGCUUGUGGGGAACAAAGCCGAUCUACGGCACUUACGAGCGGUUCAAGUUGAGGAUGCAAAGACAUUUGCCGAGAGAGAGAACAACUUCUUCAUGGAAACAUCGGCUCUCGAAUCGUUAAACGUCGAGAACGCUUUCACAGAAGUAUUGACUCAGAUUUAUCAUGUCGUAAGCAAGAAGGCGCUCGAUAUCGGUAAUGAUCCGAUGGUUCCACUUAGAGGACAAACCAUUAAUGUUGGAGGUAAAGAUGAAGUAUCGGAAGUUAAGAAAUCAGGGUGUUGCUCUAGCUAAGGUUUUAAGUUGAAAAAAUAUAGAUAGAUAAAUGUUUUGUGUUAACUAUUUCUUGGUGAAGAAUUUGUAAGGUAUUCAAGGCUUAAUUCCUUUUAUGAUUUUUUUUUUUUUUUGAUAUAUGCCUUCUCUGAUUCUUGUUUACAUCUUCAUUUCUCAUCAUAUGUCCUAAAAUGGCCAAUAUAAUGUCUACUAGAGUUAGGCGAAAAGCUUGGUAAAAGAAGCCGAUUAGGUAUUUGCUUGUGUCGACCGGUAUAUUAACAAAUGCAUGGUCACACGCGUAUAUAUAGGCCUGAAGCUACAAUGGAUCUUCCGGACUAGGAUAUCCCACAGCUCUCUAUGACCAAGCUCGGGUGUGAGAGUAAGACAGUAUUUCUUUUCUUUUUUUGUGAUUAAUGCUCCGUGAGUGGAUCGUGUUAGCUUGAGAUCAUUAAAUAGUAAGGUGGCGCUAGGGGGUGGUUGUCACAUCCAAGUUAAGGUUAGCCGAGAAUCCAAUGGUCAAAGCCUUUAUCCUUCGGCCUUUGGCCGACCUUGCUAUAGUUCCCAUGCAUUGACUUGACGGUCUUUUAAUGCAUGUCGAUUCACUAGAUUGUCAUAGCCUAAAUUGUGCCCGGACUCAGUACACAACUUUCCAUGCCAAGUACCUCCGUCUUUCUGUUAACCUAGACUUUGUCCGGGCUUGGAUUUUUCCAUAGCCCGGACUUUUGUAGCUUAGCUUGGCAUGACCCGAUUGGCCAUGUUGAUGGUUUUCUUUUUCUAAGCAGCUGCCAGUCUUGUUGCGUCCCAUCAUGACACCGGUAUGGUUAUUAAGCGUGACACAUGGUGCGAUCCUAAGUUAGUUCUGAUGUUUUUUUGUCUUAUAACUAACUUUUUAUGUGGCUUGUUUGUUAUGCAGAUACAUAUACAGAUACAGAUACAGAUACAGAUACAGACACGGAUAUAGAUCCUGACGAUGCCUUGCAAGAAAAAGACCAUGCUGACUCGACAUUUGUUGAAGUUCCCUUACAGGUCAAGGAGAAAUCGAUAUCUGAAUCGUUGGUUGCCAUUACUCCUAAUCCGACCCUCGAGACAAGUCCAUCUAAAAGGAAAAACACGGAUGUCGAAAACAUGGAGAAAACUGUUCAUAACACUCCUACUCAUGACUUCUUUGACAUUGAUCCAUUUACCAAGGCUAUUGCCGAAUCGUCCUCCAAUAUAUCGGGCAAUGAUUCUACAAACUUUGAUUUUGCAAAUUUCGACUUUCUAAUUCAAAGAGAACCAAACUCUCAUAAAGCCGAGAUUGAUGGUCCUAAUACGCGACGUCCUGGGAAAGAAGUUUUGUCAACUACGCCUUGUACCAAUGAAUUUUGCUCUACUGGUCUUGGUUCCGAACAUGCAGCCCAAAACUUUACGCCCACAUGGGCGUUAAAGAAUGGUACAUUGCUUAAAACCGGAGCCGUUUGCCAGGAGUUCCUGUAUCAAUCUGUUCCACCCGCAGAGAUGUUUGCCAACCGACGCUUGUCUGGAACACAAUUCUCGGAUUCAUACACCACUAACUUGGUUGGAGCAAUGUCUAAAGGGGCGGAAAUGCAUCAUCGUUGGGUUCACACCCGUGCUAGGAAAGAUUAUUAUAAACAUCGCCUUCGCGAGAUGGAGUCAUCCUUUGUGUCACUAGCUUCGGCUAAACUUAACAUGGAGCGUGAACUUUGCGAGCUUCGGGAAAAAAAGGUGCCGGUCUGUGAAAAGGAGAAAGUCUGCGAAAAGGUGCAUGUAGAUUCAUGUGAGCAGCUUGUUGCAAAGGUGAAACUGCUGGAGACCGAGCUUCAAAGGUCCAGGACAUACCAUGAGAAAGCGCUCGCUGAACGCGAACAGUCGAAGACUAGAGAUAUCAAGAUUAUGAAUGACCAGUUAACGCACACGCGUGUUGAGUUAAGAGCUUUAAGCCGUCGCUUGGAGGGUCAUGAGAUAGAGAGGAGUUGGUUGAUAACUAACGGUUUUCGUUUGUUGUUCGACAAAGUGAAGAAGAGUGACGAGUUUCUUUCUUUAAUUUCAAAUGUGAGUCGAGCUUCGGCUUGUCUUGGUUUUCAGAAAGGUCUUGAAGCAGGAUAUGUGCAAGCGUCUGCAGGUGGCAAGAUUGAAGGUGUUCCGGGGUAUGACAAUGAUGCGGCCACACGCAUGAAGAUAGCGGCUCACAAGCUUCGAGAUGCACAACAUUCCCUGAUUACUAUCAUCUCCAGUAACCCGAAUCGUAGUUUUGAUGAAUUGAAAAGCAUGCUCCUUCCGUCUUCGGGUGAAACGUCUGGUGCUACUAGCUCUGCUCCUUCUACUCAUUAAAAUUGCUUUGAAUUGAAUUUGUUGGUAUGUAACCUUAAAACAAUUUCUUUUACUGUUGGACAUGUUGCAUCAAAACGCAUGUGGCUGCUUCACGUGUUCCAUGUUUU